GUCUCGCUGGUGAUCGACGGGCAGGAGCGGCUGUGCCUGGCGCAGAUCUCGAACACGCUGCUGAAGAGCUUCAGCUACAACGAGAUCCACAACCGUCGGGUGGCGCUGGGCAUCACGUGCGUGCAGUGCACCCCGGUGCAGCUGGAGAUCCUGCGGCGGGCGGGCGCCAUGCCCAUCUCCUCGCGCCGCUGCGGCAUGAUCACCAAGCGGGAGGCCGAGCGGCUCUGCAAGUCCUUCCUGGGCGAGCACAAGCCGCCCAAGCUGCCGGAGAACUUCGCCUUCGACGUGGUGCACGAGUGCGCCUGGGGCUCGCGCGGCUCCUUCAUCCCGGCCCGCUACAACAGCUCCCGCGCCAAGUGCAUCAAGUGCGGCUACUGCAGCAUGUACUUCUCGCCC